GUUUCUGAUCCAAAGCCUUGGGGAAGUUCACUCAGCUAAGCGUGUUGUGCAAGGACAGGGAACAUAUCUGGAGCUGUAGACUUCUUCCUACACACAAGUGAAUGCAGCUGCCCCGCCUGUUGUUGUCCUCCUGAAUCCAGCUGGUUCAGUUGGUGAAACUCAGGAAUCUGUAGGUGCAAAACAAGAAGGAAAGGAAGGAGGACGGAGAACGAUGAAGUUGGACAACAAGCCAUGAAGGUCCCGAGAUGGGGAACUCCUUGGAGACUCCGUUCCUUUGCUGAAGGACAUUCCUUGGCAGCCAAGAAGUCAAGCUCGGGCGAGUUUGACGCCAGUUCUCACAUUCUCUCCUUGAAGGCUUGCAAACUCAAGAGGCCGGUCAGGAAGAAAUAUCAGCCGGGAUUGUGGCACCACUGGAAGAGCAGAUGUAGUCUUGGGAGCUUCUAAGAAUUCUUCCUCCCGUAGAAUGGGACAAAGCUGGGAUUCAAAGGCUUGACUGGCAAGGCCACCAUCCCCUUUUCAAGCUUCGAUUCAUCCGAUCUGCAUUUUGGGGGGAGUUGCGUUCCAGCAAGCAGCAUGCCGACGGAGAAAAUGGAGGUUUUUUAUAAACACCUUUCCUUGAGAGUCUCUUUCCUGGCCCUAUGGAUUAUUCUGGUCCAAGCAAGCAGGAUCAAUAUAGUGUCCAUCCCGGAGACCCCUGCCGAAGGCCAGAAUGUCACUUUCUCCGUGGAAAGAGUGCAGGGAGACAUCCGUGAAGUCAACUGGUUCCGAGGAAUGGCCUCUCAGGGAUCUUCAAGGAUCUUCAGUUUUUUCCCCGGAAAUUAUCGUCCUCAGCGCAACGGGGUUCAAUUUACCAACAGAGAAUUUGGUUUCCACAAUGGAUCUAUGCAGAUCACUGGGCUCAAGGCCAGUGACGUCGGCCAGUACAACGUUGUGAUUUUACUGCGGCCCAAAGAAAUCCUCAACGCCUCCAUUGAUCUCCGGUUGGCUACACCACCUCUGGCCACGGUGACAACGGCGACAACAGCAACAACAACGGUGACAACAGCAGCAACAGGAACCUCACCCAUUAAGGAAGUUCCCAAAGAGCCUUCGAAGUUGGGCUGGAUCGUGGCCGGGGUGCUGGUUGGCGUUUUGCUGUGCGGGGCACUCGGUGCCAUUAUGAUUUAUCGGUUUGUUUUACGGAAAUCGGAACCCGGCACAGGGGUAACAGGAAAAUUGGAUCUAGCAGCAAGAAUGUCGCCUCCAUCUAAACAUGAUGACAAGGAACCCAUUUAUGAGGUGGUGGAUUCUCCAGUGGAAUCACCAAAGGAUCUGCCCCCGAUCUCUGGCCCUCUUCCGCCCCUUCCAGGGACUUGCCCCAAGUUGGACUCAAACUAUACGGAUUUACUCUACAGAGCCGAGUCCUGUUUACUCUGAAAUCAAGAGAUGAUACUGUUGCUGAGAGAUUCCUGAUUCUUGGGUCAUCUUGGAUAAUGACCCAUCCAAAAAUGUUAGGACAAAAACAAAAUACUGUAAUCCAAAUAUUUCUAUCUUUAUGGGAUCGAAGAGUCUUUUCUCUGCCAGACUGCAAGACUGUCUCUUGAUGGAAUGGAGUCAAACAGAAUUGGGCAGUCAGUUGGCCAUCAUCAUUCACCCAAAAUGUGGGCUACGAUUUAGAAGAUCUAGAGGGAUGGAAGAAGAAAUGGACAGCGGGGCUGUCAUUCUAUGUAGACUUGCUCGGGGGUUGGACUAGAAGACCUCCAAGAUCCCUUCCAACUCUGUUAUUCUGUGAUCGUGCAAUUUGUUUAAAAAUUCUGAGGGCCCCAGAUGUGUCUCUCUCUGUGUGCGUGCAGAUCUUGCACAGAUGUCCAGCUGACCUCAGCUAUGAGACCAGAUGGUCAGCCUAGAAGAUGGGCUGCUGCGAGACAGCCAGAAAGUAAUGAGGACGUCUUAAGACUUUUGAGGAUUUCAUCAACGUUGGCUAUCUCCAAGAGGAAGCGUGUUUAAUCCCAUCGUACGUCUGUAGCCAUCGCCCAUCUGAUGUUCUCCUUGUUUCUCUACACCAGCGGUGUCAAACUCCCAGAAUUUUCCAGCUAGGAUUGUUUCUCAAACUUGACUCUUUAAGAUGGGUGGACUUCAACUCCCAAAUUCCCAAGCCAGGAUUGUUUCUCAACCUUGACCCUUUAAUAUAGAUGGACUUCAACUCCCGGAAUUCCUCAACCAGGACUGUUUCUCAAUCUUUGUCCUUUAAGAUGGGUAGAUUUCAACUCCCAGAAUUCCCUUGGCAGCUUGAAGAGAUGUGGACUUCGACAUGCCUUAAAGUUGGCGAGCUUGAGAAAUCCUUGUUUAAGGUCUAAUCCAGGGGUGUCAAACUCAGUUUCAUUGAGGGCCGCAUCAGGGCUGUGGUUGACCUCGGGGGGCCAAGUGGGCAUGGCCGACUGGAUGGGCGUGGGCAGCUGGGUGGGCAUGGCCAGCUUGAUGCCAUUCACUGGGCAUGGCCGACUGGAUGGGCAUGGCCAGCUGGGUGGGCGUGGGCAGCUUGACACCACUCCCCAAACUGCUGGCCCGAUGUUUCUUCUACGCAUUGGGUAGGCCGGGCUGAAGUGACAUGGGCAAGCCCCUUACGUUUUCUAGGAUGGCACCGCAGGCUGGAUCUGACCACAUCUUGGGCCGGAUUUGGCCCUCGGUUCUUGAAUUUGACACCCUUGCUCUACACUCUCUUGCGAAUGAUAAUAUCCCGUCUGAAACUGAUUUAUUUUCAUUCUAUAGUUUUGGGUGGGUGGGUUAGAAAGGAUGGGGCACCUAUCUUGACCGCCUGUAGCGUUACUUCUGAAGAAGAUGAAAGGAUAAGGGACAUUCUGUUCAGGCUAGGAAAUUUCCAAGCUGGGUCAAACGGUAAAGACGCCGUAAAAGGGUCACAAGUCACGUUUGAGAUUUGGGUUAAAAAAAGAUGAGAUUCUCACAUUUCAGUGGAGAGAAUGCCUCACCGUGGAAAGGAGAGCAGAGGUUGUACAGCCUCCGGGUUCAAGGACCACAGAGAGUCCUCGACUUACAACGGAAAUUGGGGCCAGAGUUUUCGUUGCUAAGCCAGCUGGUUGUUAAGUGAGUCACGGCCAAUUUUAUAACCUUUCUUGGCACGAUUGAUAAGCAAAUCUCUGCAGUUGUGAAAGGCGUCGGGAGGGUUGUUGAGCAAAUCCGGUUUCUCCCAUUGACUUUGUUUGGCAAAGCGGUGAUAAUUCGCAUAUUAAAAAUAUUCAUUUCUCAA